GGCGCAAACAAUGGUUCGGAGAAGCAUCGCACCAGGAAGGAAGUUAAAGGAAUAAACCGCCGAGGGAGUGGUCAGAGGGUUUACAUUUCACUGUUCUUGUUUGGCGCAACCUGAAAUCAUAGUUCCUGAUCUAUACAAACUCCCCUGUUGUGAAGGUGCAUCGGACGGGAACGGGUGCAGAGAAAAUGUCCAAUGAUUCCAACGACAACAGAUUGAAAUUUGUUAAGCGACCGGACGAGAUCACAGGAGAUGAUGACCCGAAUGUUUACAGAGUGGAAAUGUCCUGUGGACACGCUGUGGAUCCCAUUUCACUCACGGAAUGGUGUCGGAUCCGUAUCAGCGAGGGUCAUUUCAAAUUCCACUGCCCUGCAUUAAUAGAUGGGACAAAUAAAGGCUGUGGAAAGGAAUGGUCCUACGUGGAGGUGUGCAGACACGCAUUGCUCUCUGUUGAGGAACGACAGGAUUUUGAAGAGAAGAUUGCCACUCUCACUGCUUCAAGUUACUGUGAAUACAAACAGUGUCCUAGGUGUGGGACUUACGUGGAACGGAAAGAUGAGACAAACGUAUCAGUGACUUGUUCAAUCUGCACGGCCAUCGAUGGAAUCCCUUUGGAAUUUUGCUGGCAAUGUAUGAAGGAGUGGAAAGGCCCAGGUCCGCGAUCUGAUAAAUGUGAUAAUGAAGGAUGCAUUAAUAUCCAGCUGGAAACCUUGAAGAACUGUGACACAAAAAUUUUACCUGACAGCAAUAUUCAAAAUUGUCCUAUAAUCCGUGCUUGUCCCACUUGUGGUUUGCUUAUAGAACAUAAAGAUAAGUGCAAAUAUAUCAUGUGUGUCAGAUGCCAUGUGGAAUUUUGCUUUGCCUGCCUUAGCACAAAGGCAAUUUGCAGUGAAUCAUCUGAGUAUUCUCGUUAUUGUGCUAUACCUGUAGCCCCAAGGCAAACAAGUAUUCCAGUGUGGAAUCGUACUGAAGAUCAGGCCUCCAAACCCACUUCAGAUUCCUAUUCAUUUGGCAGUCCAAAUCCCACUCUAAAUUAUAUUCUAAAUCUUGUUCAAAAUCCCAUUCAAAAUCCUGUUCAGAAUCCAACUUUAAAUUCUAACAGCCAUCCCAAGGACCAAAGUUGUACGCUUCUAUGACUAAAGAAUCCCGAUCAGAGAUUGCUGAAGGUACAAAACAUGCAGAACAGUCAGUUAAACAUUGUUAGAGCGUAUUAUGUAAUUUGCUUGACCCUUUGUUCUUGUGAUGGAUUGUUUCAUUCACUGUUCCCAUGGUGAUCUGAUCUGAGAAUCCAUAAGUAGAAUAAAUAAUUGUCAUUUCAUCUUCCCUAAAACAUCCAGCCCUGGUUUAAAGUGGACCAAUGCAUUAUGUGUAUAUACAGGUUAAUUUCACGAUAAUCAUGUCUCCUCAUUUUUCUGCAACAUUCUGUGUAUAAUGUGAAGAAAGCAUAAUUGAUUGCUUUUGUAUUUUAUGUGUUCUUCUGCAAGUACUUCCCAGACAUAGAAUCAGCUGACUUUCUUGUUUUAUUGUUUAAAUGUAUUAACAUGUGAACUGCAUCAAUAUACAAAUCUCCAGAAGUAGG